ACAAACUGCCUUAUAUUCUUCCUCUUCUGCUUGUAUUUUCUAACCAGCGAAAGGCUUUUACUUGUUAAUCACGUACGUUGUUUAAUCCAAAACCAAAAAAAGAAAAUGAUGGCCACAACAAGAGCAGAUGAGAGGCAGGGAAGUGUUUCCCAGCUCAGUAUCCCAACCAUUGACCUUAAAGGCAUCCAUAGCAACUCAGUUUUACGCACUGAAAUCGUCGAGCAAAUUCGAGAUGCAUGUGAGAAAUGGGGUUUCUUUCAAGUUCAAAACGGAAUUCCUGUUGAAAUUUUGGAUAGGAUGCUGCAUGGAAUACGUGAGUUCCAUGAGCAGGAUAGUGAUCUUAAGAAACAGUUGUGUUCAAAGGAUGCUGGGAACAAGGAGCAGUAUAUGUCCAAUAAUCGCUUUUUCAAAUCUUCACAAGGAAACUCGAGGGAUACGUUUGUGUGCUAUAUGGCUCCUGAUCCAACCAAACCAGCAGACGAAUUACCCUCAGUGUGCAGAGAUAUAGUGAAUGAGUACUCAAAGCUAGUGAUGGAUUUGGGAUUUACUUUGUUUGAGUUGCUUUCUGAGGCUCUUGGGCUCAAUCCAAACCAACUUAAAGACGCGUACAUGGAUUGUGCUGAGGGGCUUUCUAUUAUGGGUCACUACUAUCCACCAUGUCCUGAAACAAAAUUGACUAUGGGCACCAACAAGCACACUGAUGGCAGCUUCAUCACCCUACUCUUACAAGAUCAAGUGGGUGGCCUCCAAGUUUUGUAUGAGAAUCAAUGGAUUGAUGUUCCUCCCACGCAUGGAGCUCUUGUUGUCAACGUUGGAGAUCUUCUGCAGCUCAUCUCAAAUGACAAGUUUAUUAGUGUUAACCACAGAGUUCUAGCGCAGAGUGUGGGCCCAAGAGUCUCUGUGCCAACCUUUUUUAGACCACAUGCAGAAAAUCCAAAAGUUUAUGGACCAAUCAAGGAGUUGUUGUCAGAAGAAAAUCCUCAAAUCUAUCGAGAAACUAGUGUUAAAGAUUAUCUGAAGUACUACCUCUCAGAACUCGUAAAAGGGAACUCCGCAUUAGAACAUUUCAAGCUAUGAAGGGAUGAAAAGGGUUAUGCAGGAUGUGGGGUCCAUUUGUUUGGACCUCUUAUCUGUGUUUUAGUUUUGUUGUUGGUUGGUGGUGAUUCUGUAUUUUGAGUCAAUAAUCCUCUCCGAGGGUCUCAAAUUGUCUGUCAAUAAUCCUUGUUAUUAGCUAAUAAAAGUACUUCUUCAAGAAAAAUAAA